AUGGCGACCAACAUGGACCGCAGCCUCGACGAGAUUCUGGCCGACCGCAAGUCGUACCGUGACGACCCGCGGAAAAUCGACGACGAAUGGGUACACGAUCGCUAUGAUGACGACGGUGAGCAUCUGUCUCUGGCUGGUGUGCACACAGCACACAGCACACAGCGGCUGACCGCUCACAGAUUCCGUCCGGCACGCAAAGCCGUCCUGGGCCGGUCUCAGCGCGGCACCAAGAUCCGGGUAGAGAACAUCCACUACGAGCUCACCAAGGAGGACAUUGAGGGUCUCUUCCGGCGCAUCGGGCCCGUUCUCAGCACCGAGCUGGUCUACGAUCGUGCCGGCCGAUCCGACGGGGUGGCCUAUGUGACGUACGAGAUCUACGACGACGCCAAAGAGGCCAUUCGCGAGUUUGAUGGUGCUAAUGCUAAGGGCCAACCCAUCCGACUGUCCAUUGUGCCGUCUGGCCGUCGCGCCCUCGAUAACCCUGCCAAGGUCGGCACCGGUCGGCCGCUGGCCGAGCGCGUCUCACGUCCCGGCCGGGGUCGCAACGACGACAACGACGAGGACGACAAGACCAGCAUGGCCGCGGCCGCUCGCCGCGGCAUCGACCGGUACGUGCCGCGUGGUGGUGGUGGCGGAGACGACGAUCGGUCGCGCAGCCCACGGCCCCGAAGACGCGAAGGCGGCCGGCGUCCGGGCGAGAGAAGAGGUGAGGGCAGGGGUGGUGGAGGAGGCGAAGGCCGGGGCGAGGGCAAGGGCGAAGGCAGAGGCGAGGGCAGGACGGCGCGGCAGAACCGCCCAAAGAAGACGCAGGAGGAGCUCGACGCUGAGAUGGAAGACUACUUUGGCGGCGAGGCUGGUGGAGGAGGCGGAGAAACGGCUGCUGCUGCGGGCAUCGCGGUUACGGCACCUCUUCAGACGGACGCCGUCGAAGGCGGCGACGACAUGGACAUGAUCGGUUAG